GUCGAAUUGUGAUAUAAUAAUAUCUAAUUUAUAGUUUACGCACAUUUGAGAAAUACGAUCACGUGAAACAAAAUGAGCGAAUUGCGAAGUAGUAGGGGCAAAGUCUCAAGAAAUCGUGAAGCAAACCUAGCUUGUCAUGGUCAUGUCAGUUUAGUCUACACGCUAUAAUGUGAUAAUAUACAUGUAUUGGUACUUUCAUACAUGUAGUGCUCGUACUUGCCUCGUCACGGUGUAACUGCCUUUUAAAUAAUUUCUAUUUGGGAAAAGAUGCCAAAGUAAUGGCUCCAAACUACAGUAAAGUUUUCAACAAGAAUAAUGCCCUUGCUGGAGCAGGGGCAUUAACUGUUCUUUGGUUCAUCAUUUCAAGAAAAUACCAGAAAAAUUCGAAGUUAGAGAGAAAGAAAACUAAAAAAAAUUUGGAAGAGGAAGUGAAAUAUUUGAUUUCUGAAAAAGGAACAACACAAACAAAAGCCCAUUUGGAUAGAAAGUUUCUGGUCGAAUUAGGACAGUUAUUCAAAAUUGCUGUUCCGGGAUGGACCAGUGGGGAAUGUGGACUAUUUCUGUUGAUUGCAGCUAGUUUGAUAUCGAGAUCAAUGUGUGAUUUGUGGCUCAUAGAUAAUGGCACCAGAAUUGAAAAUGCCAUCAUUUCUAUGGAUAAGGAUCUGUUCAGAAAACGCCUCAUGACCUACUUCUUGGCGAUACCUAUAGUGUCUGUAGUGAACAAUGUUCUCAAAUACUCUAUAGGAGCUUUGAAAAUUCAACUAAGGACCAACAUGACUCGCAGACUUUACGAGGAAUAUCUCAAAAACUAUACCUAUUACAGGAUAACCAAUCUCGACAAUAGGAUAUCAAAUGCUGAUCAACUACUUACAACUGAUAUAGAUAAAUUUUGUGAAGGUAUUACAGAUUUGUAUUGUAACACUGCUAAACCUUUAUUAGAUAUAAGUAUCUACGUCUAUAAGUUAUCUACUACUAUGGGAGGCGGAACUCCUGGAUUAAUGUUAGGAUAUUUAUUUUUUUCUGGACUUCUGUUAACAAAUCUUCGUAAGCCAACAGCUAGACUUACUGCAAGCGAACAAAAACUGGAAGGGGAGUUCAGACACGUUAAUUCUAGACUCAUAACUCACUCAGAGGAAAUUGCAUUCUAUAACGGAAAUUUAAGGGAGAAAGCUACUCUUAUGGCUAGCUAUAAUAAGCUUUUGAACCAUCUCAGGAAGUUCCUAAGGUUUAAAGUGAUUAUGGGUGUAGUAGAUAAUAUUGUUGCAAAGUAUUUUGCUGGGGUUAUAGGUUUCUGGGCAGUCUCGCUACCCUUUUUGACUAAAGGUCAUGAGUUUACGACUUUUAAAACAAACGAACGAUCACGUGUAUAUUACACAUACGGUAGAAUGUUAGUCAAGCUAGCUGAGGCUAUUGGACGUUUGGUAUUAGCAGGAAGAGAUCUCACAAGACUUGCAGGUUUCACGUCAAGGGUAACUCAACUGCGCACAGUACUUGCCGAGUUGAAUGAUGGUAAGUACCAGCGAACCAUGGUCGCUGGUGCAGAGGAUUUAAAACCUAAUGGUGGGAAAUUGAUUUUCCGAAACAAUAUAAUCAAGUUUGAUAGAGUACCUCUUGUUACGCCUAACGGAGACGUUCUCAUCCCAGAAAUAACUCUUGAGAUAAAUUCGGGAAUGAAUGUACUAGUGUGUGGCCCUAAUGGAGCAGGCAAGUCUUCCUUAUUUAGAAUCUUGGGGGAAUUGUGGCCCUUAUUUGGAGGUGAGCUCACAAAACCACCGCGUGGUAAGCUCUUCUACAUUCCUCAACGGCCUUAUAUGACGCUAGGGUGUUUGCGAGAUCAGCUUACCUACCCUCAUUCUGGCAGUGAAGCAGCACGUAGAGGGACUACUGAUGACAAGUUGGAGGAAUAUUUGCGACGGGUACAGUUGGGAUAUAUUCUCGAAAGAGAGGGAGGUCUAGAUGCGGUGGCAGACUGGUUAGAUGUCCUAAGUGGUGGGGAAAAGCAAAGGAUAGCUAUGGCUAGGUUAUUCUAUCAUCAACCUCAAUUUGCAAUCUUGGAUGAAUGCACAAGUGCCGUUUCGGUUGAUGUUGAAGGUAGUAUGUACAAGUAUUGCAGAGAUGUAGGAAUAACAUUGUUGACUGUGUCACAUAGGAAAUCUUUAUGGCAGCAUCAUGAAUAUGUUUUACAUUUAGAUGGGAGGGGAGGGUAUUCCUUCAAACCAAUUGAAAAUUGUGAUGAACAAUUUGGUUCUUGAUUGGGAUUUAGUGAUUGUAAUUGUUAUUUAAAAAAGGGUGUACGAGUAAAAUGAGGUCUCUUCAAAACUGUUCAUAGGGUUUUGUUAUGUUCCUUUUAAAGAUAUAUUUUUAUACAAAAUUUUCCAGAAAUUGUAUUAUGGUGAAUUUCGAAAUGUUACUUCGAAUUUUAUAUCUUUAAGAUAUUUUCAUUAGAAAAAGGUGCGGGGUACCCUCAUAAUUCAAUUGAACUGGUGACAGUCUUCCUUUAGCAGCUCUGUAUUGCGAAACUUACCUCUAAAAAUUGAAUUGAACAGUGUUGAUGUUUCAAAAUAUAUUGUUCUUGCCAAUAUAAAUUAUAUUUUGUUUCAUCAAAAAGGGUUUUGAUUUAAGUCUUCAUUCGUUAUGACAUCUAAUUUUUUAUAGCUUUAUAAUAUUCAUACUAAAUCCUGAAAUUACCGAUCUAGGUUCUAACAAUUAUUAGAAUCAAAUAAUUGGAUGUUUUAAAUAUGAAUAUCAAUCCUUUUGAGAUAUUUAAAGUUUUAUUGACCUUUGAAGGAUAUUUUAAUUUCAAAUUAUGGCUGAUUCGUACACCAAACUUUUACUUUAUCUUUUACACACUCUUAAGUAAAAGUACAGUGAAUGAAGGCUUCCAUUGAUUUACAUUGUGAAAACUUUCUCAAACUAAAAGUAACAAAGUUGAAGUAUUAUGUGUAUGAGUCAACCAUAAUCCAAUCUACUUUUCUGUGGUAGCGGCAGUUGGAGGUAUUUUUGAUGUUCCACUUUUCAAUGUUUAACCAACUUGAAUAUCUUCUAUUCUAAGUACUUAACUUUUGAAGUGUCAUACCAAAAUAUCCGAAAUUAUUGAACUCUUAAUUCUGUCCAGGAGCAAAACAUUAUAUUUGUUUUUGAGAAAGAAAAUGUUGGCUUUCUAUUUCUCCAUCUUCAUACAAAAAACGAGGGAAACUUCCAAAACAAGGCAAAGAGUAAUUCAUUUUAAAAUAAACUGUUUACAAAG